AUGAGAAGAUGCAAGGACACGCUUGACAUUCUCAUUGCAGAUCUCCGGGCUGGCUCCUGCACCAUGGCUUCCUUCAAUCGCCAUGUUCUUCCUACUUUAUUCUCGCUGUCCUUCUGGUCCCUCUCGUGUCUUGGUCAGACAUUGCGAUAUGCGCCCCCUGAGUCCGUUGGGCUUCUCCCAGAACCUCUGCGGCUAAUGGAGAAGAACAUCUCCGAUUACACGCGCUCGGCAAAUUAUUUGUACUAUACAAACUACGAGGAACAUCCCAUUCAACCUGGUGGAUCUGUGGUGGUUGGACAUGAUUCGGCAAUCGUCAGCGAGUUUGCAUUCGGAAAAGCAAUGCUAUAUGCAGAUGCCAAUGGAACACUGCUUCCAGAAGACGAACAGACCACUGCAUUCAUUGACACCAUAUACGACAUGGCCAGCUUAACCAAGGUAUUCACUGCAACAGCGGCAUUGCGACUCAUCGAAGAUGGCCUGCUUGAUUACAAGAAGACCGUUGCAUCGUAUAUGCCCGAAUUUGCAGCAAAUGGGAAAGAGAACGUCACUGUACUCAUGCUAUUGACGCACACGAGUGGCUUUCCUCCAGACCCAGAACCUGGCCUGUGGUAUAAUGCGACGCUCGAGGAGCGCAGAGAAACAGCCAUCCGGUAUCCAUUGGCCAACGCACCUGGAACGACUUAUACAUAUUCGGACCUGAAUUUCAUCAAUACGGGAUUCCUCCUGGAAAAGAUUUCGGGGGUCCCACUUGAUCUUCUCAUCUAUUCUAUCACUGCGCCUCUCGGCAUGACCAGUACCUUCUACAAUCGCGGUGACGUCGAGGGUCCCCUCUUUCCUUUCUACCCGCGAAUUGCCCCCACGGAAUACGAGUUGGAAGUCCAAGGGCAAGGUCCUGUCGAGCCUCAGCGGCCUCAGCCCGUACAUGGGACAGUCCACGAUGAAAACGCAUGGUCACUUGCCGGCGUCAGCGGCCAUGCGGGAUUGUUCUCCACGGCUCCGGAUCUAGCCAAGUUUUGCCAGAUGAUUCUGAACAACGGAACAUACAACGGGAUCCAGAUACUUAAGCCGGAAACGAUUGAAUUGAUGUUCACCAACUUCAACGUCGAUUUCCCGGGAGACGAGCAUUCGAUCGGAUUCGAACUGAACCAAUACUACUUCUCUGGGCCCAUGGCUAGUAUGCAGACGGGAGGUCACACAGGAUUCACAGGGACAACGAUUGUGAUUGAUAGGCCAUCGAACACAUUCUUCGUCCUCUUGGGCCACCGGGUACAUCCCAACCGCAACUGGUCAAACAACAACAUCGCUCGACAGGCACUGGGAUACUGGGUGGCGCGGUCUCUGGGAAGAGAUGUUACUUUCCCGGAACUCUAG